AUGAUAACCCUCAUAGCAAACUCCUCAGUGGUGGGAAUGUUUUCUCCACUCCGCCAGUGUCAUGGCAUCGGGUCCCUUCUCCCUACAGUGGUGGUCUGGAGACAGUUUGCCCAGCUGCCACCUCUUCUCCAAGUGCUGAGGAGCUCAGGCAUGGGAACUUUGGGCCUGGGAGCUUUGGGCCUGGGAGAAAACGGAACAAAGAGGAGAGAAGCUGACGGUGCUUACGGUGGGGCACGCAGGGGCGUUGUUUUCUCUCCACUAAGGCUGCUGGGUGGAGCCAAAAUAGUUCAGGCAGCCAAGUGCAUAGGCGUUGGGGGUGGCAAAGACGGAGAGGAUCCCCACUGUGGCUGCACCCUGAGGAGGCGUCCGUGGCAGGAGCCCCACACCCAGGACGGGCCGCCAGCAGUGAGGAGACGAACCUGGAAGACAUCCCGCUCUCCAGACAUCGCGAGGGAGGCGAGUGGUGCUCGCAGCCUGGGACUUAGGAACACAGGGAAACAGCUUCCACAUGCCAUUUGCUGGAUAAAUAUUUCUUGUAGGAUGUUUCCUAUGGAUUCAUUUUCUAUCAGGAAAGCCUUAUUUGUGGUCAGCGUCCUUGGAAAGCAGAGGCAGACAGAUUUCUGUUCUUCUCGGGAGUUCUGUGGAGGGUAACGGAUCAGCAAUAUUCCACUGAAACCAAAUACCUAGGAAAAGCAUGGGAGGACACACAGAAAUCACAAAUUUAAUUUAAUUGAUUUAUUUUUUGAGACAGGGUCUUGCUCCAUCAUCUAGGCUGGAGCGC